AUUUUCGACUCCUUCAUUUGGAGAUCUGCAAUGGUCACCGGGCAAUAAAAUCCGUAGCAUCGCCGCAAACGAAGACCGAAGGCUGUGAUCUUGAAUCCUGACGACACCGCGAUGGCUGCAACAAUCUCUCAGCUUUCGUGCUUCCCCGCCAUUGAUCGCAGCCUGCAGUUGCGAAAACGUUCACUGCAAUGUCCACCGUUUCGCUCCAGGUUACCAGUUGUUAUGAGUCUCGAGGGGCAUGGCACAGAUGCUACUGGUUCUGAUACCAAAAAUGCACUUAGAUAUACAUCUGAUGUUCCAAAAUUGCAAGUUGAAGAAAAGCAAGAGUCGUACUCGACUUUAGAAACCCAGCAUGCUGAAAAAACAGGGUUUGGAGAGGCAAAGCAGGAACAAGGUGUCAAUCUGCAGAAAAAGACUGCAAAGAUUCAUGAUUUUUGUUUAGGCAUCCCCUUUGGUGGAUUUGUGCUUGGUGGGGGAAUUAUUGGAUUUUUUUCCUCACGGAGUACUGCAACCCUGAGCAAUGGUGUACUCUUUGGAGGGGCUUUACUGUUCCUCAGUACCUUUAGCUUGAAGGUCUGGAGGCAAGGAAAAUCUAGUUUACCAUUUAUUCUAGGACAAGCAGUGCUGUCAGGGGUUCUCAUAUGGAAAAAUUUUCAGGCCUACUCAUUGGCGAAGAAAUUAUUUCCAUCUGGCUUCAUUGCUAUUACAAGUUCUGCAAUGCUGUGCUUUUAUUUGUAUGUGCUUCUCUCUGGAGGAAACCCGCCACCUAAGAAAUUGAAGUCGACUGCCAGCAUGGCAUCAUGAUAAAAGGUUAUGCAUGCCUAUAUUUACUGGUAGAUGUGAUUUCUUGUUCUUUGUGUGGAAGUAAGGUUAACCUAGUGCAAUUCAAGUCACUUCCAAAGGUGGGUUAGUGAAGAGGUAAUUAUAUGAUUACUGCUUUGAAGUACAAGCCAUUAAGUAUUCUGUCUACUUCGAGUUAUGAUGAAAGGGCUUAUUUGUAUUUGUAGUUAUUUAGCAUUGAUAUUGACUUUAGUUAGAUUUUGAAAUGAACAUCUGGACCAAUAAAUAAAAUGCUUGAUACAUGGAUUGCGUUUAAA